AACCAGCACGCGGCCGUCCGUCAACACACACCACCAAGACGACGCCACCAUGGCCGCUCUCGACGACGGCUUUGAGGCCCUGCUGGAGCCGUUCUACAACGGCAAGAAGCUCACGGACCCAAUAUCAACCAAGGAGGACAAGUACCAGCUGCUGCCGGCAUUCCUCAAAGUCAAGGGUGGGUCAACAUCCAACCGCCGCGGUGCCGCUCUCAUUCAUCCCAGAUGAUUCCAGG